UAUGGAGUACCAUACUGUCAUUGAUCUUCUUGCUUUCGAGUCAUCACAGGCUACUAUAUAGAGUUUACAUGUUAUCCACAAUAAGAAUUUGAUAUCAUUGCAAGAGUCACCAAAUCCCUUGUUGUGGUUCCCAACGUUGCUGAGCUCGUUUAAGACCUCAUAUUUGAUUUUCCAACAGUCACCAAAGUCACUUCUCCUUCGUCAUCACAGUUGACGGCAUCGUUUCUUCAAGCAAGCAUCAGCAGUGCUUCGAGAAGUUAACGGCUUCCUUUGUUAUCACCACGAACACCAUUUUUCGGGCACUAGUAGUUCCCCUAUCUUCAAACAGCCCCGAGAUCAGAUAAAGAAGAGAAGGGUGCGAUGAAUCUGAUUCCAGCAUCGUGGAAGAUACUAUGGGAUGCGUGGCAAGUUCAGAUGCUGGUUCUACUUAGUCUCACUUUACAAAUCAUUCUUUUCGUCUUUGGCAAACGCAGAAAGAAUAUGUUGUCACAAUGGACUAAUGUGAUGGUCUGGUUGGCCUACACAAUGGCCAAUUGGGUGGCAACCGUCGCCCUUGGCAAGCUCUCUCAUACCCUAAAUAAUAUUCCUAAUCCCAAUAAUACAUUACAGGCAUUAUGGGCACCCUUGCUUUUAUUGCAUCUUGGUGGCCCAGAUACUAUAACUGCUUAUUCUUUGAAUGAUAAUCAAUUGUGGAUAAGGCAUUUUUUGGGCAUGAGUGUUCAAGCUACUGUGGCAAUUUAUGUCAUUGUUAUGUCUUGGAGGCAUUUCUGGUUUUCAUAUAUGUUAAUUCCGGCAUUCAUGGCUGGAAUUAUUAAGUAUGGGGAGAGGAUAUGGGCUCUUAAGUUAGCAUGCCAUGAUGAAUCAAAAAACAUUGUACCCUUUUAUGAUCUAGGAGUCCGAUAUGGUCUAGCAACAAAGACAAGAUGUGAAAUUGUUUUAAUUACGGCCCACAAACUGGUGACAGAAUUUAAAGAUUAUAUGGAGAAUUAUGACAUUCGUAGAUCUUUCCGACUACGGUAUACAAAAUUUAUGGAUGUGAUAAAUCUGGGUGUUAAUCCAUAUUUGGAGAAUGUAUUGGAGGAUGAAAUGAGGGAUGUGAUAAAUCUGGGUGUUAAUCCAUAUUUGGAGAAUGUAUUGGAGGAUGAAAUGAGGGAUGUGAUAAAUCUGGCUGUUAAUCCAGAUUUUGAGAAUGUAUUGGAGGUUGAAAUGGGGCUCAUGUACGAUUUGUUAUAUACAAAAGCACCCAUAACAUUUACCAAGAGAGGGUGCAUUUUUCGCUCUAUCAGCUUCAUGUGUACGGUGUCUGUGUUGGUAGGACUCUUCCGGCUUAUCGACAUGGAAGCGAAGUGGCACAAGCAGCACUCCUCCAUGGUUGAUAUUUUCAUCACAGGGGUAUUAUUGGUCGGCGCUCUAGCUUUGGAGAUUUAUGCAGUCAUGUUGUUAUUAUUCUCUGAUUGGGCGAUGCUUUGGCUAAUUAAGUGCGGCAGAGGCAAAUGGGCAAUCCUAUUGUUGCAGAAAUUUUCUUGGUUUUUUGAAAAGAAGAAGUGGUCUAAAAAGAUGUGGCAAAUCGAUGUAAUGGAAAAGGAAGACAAGCAUAAAAAAUGGAGUAGAAUAGUUGGGAGGUUGGGGAUUCAAGACAAGUUCUAUAGGUACAUGCAUUCGACUAGUGUGUGUAUCCCUUCGACGCUAUACCCCAGGAUUUUUCAAUUUAUUUGUAGUGCCUCAGCUACAGACAACCUUCUUGACUUUGGGUGGCUUGAGGGGGUUAUUGGCUCUACACCUUUUCAUGAGCUAGUUUUUAUCAUGCACAUCAUAACAGAUAUGUGUCACCGUUAUGAUGAGUCAGAGUCAGAGUCAGAUUUAGAGUCGGUUGCAUGCACUUCCGAAAAUAGUGAAAAUAGUGCUAACUCAUGUGGACAUGAUGGUGACAAGGAAACAUGCAAAACUCUAUCAAAUUACAUGACGUAUCUACUCCUCACCUCCCGUUGGUUGUUGCCUGUUGUUGUAAAGGAUAGUCAGUUUAUACGUGUCAUGAACGAUGCCAAAUUGUUUUCCAGGUAUAUUAAUGAACAAGUUACAGGAGGACGCAUGUUUCCCAUGGAUAUGGAAAGAAUCGAAGAGCUGGCAGCUACUCGUGAUGAAGAAGGACGCAAAAUGGAAAAAAUUGAAGAGACGUCUGUAUUACUUGAGGGAAUAUUUUAUGACCUCAUCGAUGAAGGUAAUAAGGAGGUGAAAUGGGAAAAAUUGAAAAAUGUGUGGUUGGUGAUGUUAUGCUACGCUGCAAUUAGUUGUCCAAAAAAUUACCAUCUUCAACGGCUUAGAGAAGGAGGCGAGCUCCUCAAUUUUGUUUGGUUCCUUAUACCGCAUGCUCAUAUAUUUUUCAGAGUCGACACCUUCAAGCUACACAGAUUCUUCAGUCAGUGUUUUCAACAAGGGACGCAAGUCUGAAGGGCGAGGCCACUAUAUAACCAAGGCUCCUAAAAAAAAGAAGUUUAUUUGUAUUGGUAAUAUUUUAUUUUGUUUAUUUUGGUUGUUUUUAAAAAUUAAAAGAUACCAUUAAAUUUUAAAAAAAUGUUCAAUACAAUAGUAAUAUUAUAUUAUUGGUAUCUCAUCCAAUAAUAUCUUGUCAUUUAUCUUCUCAUGUAUAUAUCGUAAUAUAGUUAUAUUUUGAGCAGGUUCAC